AUGGCAUGCUUCUUAAGUUUACCCACCGAAAACCGGAUUUCCAUAUAUGAGGAAGUUUUUGGCGCAGGGCAAACCUUCUUCCUCUUCCCCGGUAGCGGCACCCAGGUCAACGCUCUUGCGCCCACCAAGCCCCGGAGAUGGAGCGCGUUUCUCUUCACCAACCGCCUUAUUUAUACCGAGGCCAGGGAAAUCAUCUACGGCGCUAAUCGCUUCGUCCUCGUAGACGUGACGCACACACAGACUGGGCUAUUGUGCAACUUCCUUGGUGGGAUCGGGCCUGCAAACGCCUCCCUGAUCACACACUUGGCAAUCAGCUUCCCAGCGAUGGACAGGGUAGACGACCGAGAGGGAGAGUUUGCAUUGAGGGGUGAUAGCCUGCGUGCUUUGGAGCUCCUUCGAGAGCAGUGCACGAGACUGAAGACGCUUGAACUUCAGGUCCAUCGCCAAAAUUCCAGUAUUUUGACAGAAGAGAAAGACUGCGAUUCGGGGUUUGCUCGAGGCGCAUUGCCCUGGAUUGAUCAGCAGCUGAAGGCCAUCUCGUCGCUGGAGCGAGUUAUUGUAGAAGUUUAUGAGAAGGCACUUAUGCCUUCUGUGGAGAGUGUCAUGCAGGACCUUGGCUGGAUAGUCAAGUUGAAGUUGUAUACGGUCCUCGACCCUCCUGUGAUAUAG